CCAAUCUGCCAAUGCCAUGAUAGUGCACCUACUCCAGUUACAUUGCCGUACUACUGGAAUUUCAGUUGUACAUUAGUACUGCUAUAGUACUAUCAUAGUACUUUGUGAUAUGCACCCUUCCGUUAACGAAGCUUUCUCCUUCUCCACCUUCGUCAAUCCUGACACCGACACCGAUACCAACAUCAACACCAGCACCAGCACCAGCACCAACGCUAACGCUAACCAUCAUCGAGCUUCCUCCUCCACCGACCCCAUAAUUGCCGGUAGCUCUUCCGAGAAUAGUCGGAACAAAUCCGACAUCUUCGGCCAUCUCCACAAACCCGGCCCCUCCCAGGAGAAUGGUCAGUCCUCGGAUUCUGGGAACGCCUCUUCCCAGGCGGGCCGUGACCAUGUCUCGGGUCAUCUCGAAGAUCAGCGAACUAAGAAACGCCGGACCGGUCCCAGCUCGAGGGGUGUAGCAAACUUAACGCCAGAGCAACUUGCCAAGAAGAGAGCAAACGACCGGGAGGCGCAAAGAGCCAUCCGCGAACGCACUAAGAAUCAAAUCGAGAAUCUCGAGAGGCGGAUACGCGAGUUAACGUCGCAACAACCAUAUCAGGAGCUCCAAGCCGCUAUACGGGCUAAGGAGGCUGUCGAGGCUGAGAAUGCCGAAAUCAAAGGCCGGCUAGCCUCUGUCUUAUCCCUAAUACAACCUAUAUUAUCUAAUAAUCAACAAGUAGUCGAUGGAGCUUACGCAUCUCCUAUCCCUACUAUCACGCCAGCUCAGACUGCGCAGCGUUCACCCUCCGCCCCUACUAGUUACAAUGUUUCGACACCCAUGAGCGCUGCGUCUCCUUCUUCCGCAGCAGACUCGUCAUCCCAGGCACAAUCACAGGCCCAUCCAAGUCCGCAUUUUACCCAGGUAAUGCUGAACCAGCAACGACAUGAUCUAUUUCAUAACUUAGAUCUUGGUGCUGGUGAGCAGCUCAAGCUUGAUUUCCUGCUUGAUCCCUCGCAUCGUGUGAAUAGGAUGCAGACUGGUGUCAAUGGGGCACAAGACACACCGGGAUAUCAGCAUCUUCCUACGAAACAUGAUUGGAAUGUGGGCUUGCUCCCGCCUCCUCGGAACCAUUCGGCUGUCAACAGCGGUCCGCAUCAACACCAACAGCAUCGCAUAGAGUACGCUCCGCGGAAUGUAUUCCAACCGGUCGAGUCGUCUUGGGUUGGCAACUCGGCCCCUAUCAAGAAUAGCCUAUCAACCUGUCCUCUAGAUAGCCUGCUUCUUGACUUUCUACAGGAGAGACGUCAACGGGCCGCAGAGGGCGUUCCUACGCGGGACGUAGUCGGUCCGAGAUAUCCCUCCGUCUCAUCGCUACUGAACCCAGCCAAUAGUGUAUUCUCUCACCCACUCUCCAAGGUCUUCACAGACAUAUUAGCGGCCUUUCCAGGGAUGAGCGGGCUUCCGGAGCGCGUGGCUGUGCUUUACUACAUGUUUCUCGUCAUGCGGUGGCAAGUCAGCCCUACGCAAGAGAACUACGACCUCUUACCUCCUUUUGCGCUCCCCACGCCGGCACAACUGCAAGUUACCCAUCCGGCGUGGAUAGACCACCUCCCCUUCCCACACAUGCGGGAGAAGCUCGCAAAGGAGUAUAAUCCCGUCGAGUUCCUAUUCGAUAACUUUUUCAUCCCAUUCACAACCACCAUCUCCCUCAACUGGCCAUACGAGGCUACAGACACGUUGCUCCAGAGCCCGGAUGGGAGCGAAUUACUGAUCAACCCCGUGUUCGAACGGCAUCUGAGGAGAUUCGAGAAUUGGACGCUAGGCGAAUCUUUCGAUAAAGCGUUCCCUCGUCUCAGGGGUACGUAUAAUCUCAAAAGAUGUACUAGCACGCCGAGGGAUAUGGCGGAUGGCCAGUUUAGCGGUGGGUAAUUUAGUAUAUUUAUAUAUCUAUAUGCAUGAACCUAUAUGAGAAGGUUGGCAUGAUUUUAGUCCGGCCAUGCUAUACGCAACACAUAAAAGAGGGGUUUAUAUAUACUGCCUCUCACGGAGAUAGUGCAGCAAGUAUCGGGACCCUGCUAUUCCCGAGGAAGUUUAGUCAUAUUAAACGGCUGAUUGGAUAGGAGUAAGAGAAGAGACCUGAAGAUAUCCUUAGGGCUAGGAGAUGUGUAAGGUAGAUUGGUAUAGGGGGUAUAAGAAGUUGUUCAUCUAUCUACAUAUAUAACGCGAGUAUACGUAUAUAGCUCGUAGUUCAACCAUCC